AUGGACCCAUUCAAUGACGUUAGGGAAGAUGCAGAUGUCUCCAUAAGGCAGUUGGAAUCAACAAUUGCACAGCUAAAGCAACUGAACCGGCCGCCAUCGGUUGAACAAUCGCAAGAUUUCGAGAAUCAGCUACGGGAGCUCCACGAGAUACUGCAAGAGCUCAAAGAUGCAGUAGACAUGAGCUCGGCUGAGCCUGAAAAAUUCGAUCUUACAUCGUCCGACAUUCGCGAGAGAAAUGGCAUAUUGCAGACGUUAACUCAGCGAAUAGGUCAGAUAGAGCACGCAUGGCAAAAUAGCAAGAACGGCAAACUACGAGAAGUGACCACGAUGUCCAACCGUAUAAGCCAGGAUGAGAACCCGUUUGCUGCUGACUUUGCCGAGGGACAAGACGGCUCAGUGAUGUCAAACUACCAACAACAAGAAAUGAUCCAAGAACAAGAUACGCAAUUGGAUGACAUCCAUCGCACGAUGAUGAAUUUGAAUCAGCAAGCGGUGAUCAUGGGCGAUGAGCUAGAAGACCAGGCUUUCAUGUUGGAUGAGUUGGACUAUGAGCUAGACCAUGUUGAUAACAAGCUCCAGCGAGGCAUGAAGAGAUUGAAUGUGUUUAUCGAGCGAAAUAAGGAGACCGCGAGCAAUUGGUGCAUUGCCAUUCUUGUGGUGGUACUAUGUGUUUUAUUGGUUGUGCUCCUCAUUGCAUAA